AUGAAUUCUAUUCAAAAAAAUAAUAGGUUGUAUGGUAUUAAUUCCUUUUGUUCGUGUUUGUUUUUUUUAUUGACUAUCUUUUCUUUUAAAUUAUUUCUUUGUUUUCAUUCAAUUGAAUUAAUAUUAUUAGCUUCAUGGUGUCCAAUAAUUCCUUCUUGUGGAGUUUAUGAUUAUCAUACUUGCGAGUGUCUUGCUUGCCAACUAAAUUACUUUCUACCAUUAGAAAAUCCAUACCAAUGUCUUCAUAUAUCUAAAUUCAGUGGAUGCAGUUACACAGAUGGUGUUUUUUGCAAUAGAUGUGAAGAUCCUAAUCGUGUACCUAAUCAAUUAACACACACAUGUCAAAUACCUGAUUCUGCGUGUAGUCUUAUUGAAGACUCUUAUUGCUCAAGUUGUACUGAUGGGUAUGAAUUUAACUUAACGUCAGGACAAUGUGAAAGUUAUCUUAAAACAGUAUGUAAAGAACAUUGUACAUCAUGUACUGGAACCCCAUAUUCUUGUUAUUGUGAAAAUGGAUAUACAAGUCAAAAUGAUCCAACAACAGGAAAUGUAAAAUGUCUUGAUUUAAAAGGAUAUGACUAUGAAUGUCAAAAUAGUCAAUGUACAAGUUGUAGUGACAACCAUCAACUAUGUUGGACUGGAUUUACAAAAACACCAAAUAGAAUGUGUGUACCUUUUAAAUAUAAUUAUCAUUGUAAAACAUUUAAUUUACGAAGUUGUUAUGAGUGUGAAGAUAAUUAUUAUAUUAUUAAUUUUAAUAGUAAUGCACAAUGUAUUUCAAUUAUUCAACACCCAAUUCCUCAUUGUAAAAUAUAUAUUUCACAACUUUCAAAUUAUCAAGGAUGUUCAAUGUGUGAAUACGGAUAUUAUUCUUUUAUUGACACAGACUUAGGUUUAAUAAUAUGUGAACAAAUUGAUAAUUUCAAACCUGAACUUUCAUUUUCAUCAUUUUGUAUGGAAUAUUAUCUCAUUAACUCUGACAAACAUCAAUAUGAAUGUAAAACAUGUGGAAUAGGUUAUUAUCCUCAAAGAAUGACUUGUUCACGAUGUGAAUAUCAUUGUAUUCAAUGUAUUUCAGAAAAUCAAUGUCUUCAAUGUGAAAUAGGAUAUUUUGUUAAUAAUGGAAAAUGUGAAAGAAUUAAAUUUGAAAUUACUGAAUCAUUUUGUUCAUCUUUAGAUGAAAUAUAUGGAUGUUUAGAAUGUAACAAUUCUAAUUCAUUUGGGAAUUGUAAUAAUUGUCCAUUAAAUUGUGAUAAAUGUUCAAUUGAUUCUAAUGGGAUAAAAAAAUGUUCAUUAUGUUCAUCAAAUUAUGAAUUGUAUCAUGGGGAAUGUGUUAGUAGUUCAUUACUUCAUUGUGAAUCAUAUGAUUUUAUUCAACACAUGUGUAGAAAAUGUGAAGAUGGGUAUUAUAAUUACAAUGGAGAAUGUACAAUUUGUAUGGAAGGAUGUGAAUUUUGUUAUUUAAAUGAAAAACAACAAGUUAGUUGUAAUAAAUGUUCAAAAGGAUAUUAUAAAAAAAUAAGCAAUGAUAUUAUUUUAUGCAAUACAACAAUAAACAAUUGUAAAAUAUAUCAAGAAGAUUAUUGUAUUGAAUGUGAAAAUGGAUAUUAUUUAGAUAAUAUAAACGAAUGUAUUUUAGCACCUUCACAUUGUUUAAAAUAUGAUAUUGGCAAUAAUAAAUGUAUUUUAUGUGACUCAAAUACAAAUAAUAUUGAUGGAAUUUGUUUAGAAUAUGAACAAUGUGAAAUAAAUAAUACUCUUGGUAUAACAAAUGAAUAUUUUAAAAUAAAUAAAAAUUGUAAAUAUUUUGAUCGUAGUUCUAAUAGAUGUAAUGAUUGCAUAAAAAAUUAUCAUGUUGGACCAAAUGGUGAGUGUGUUCAAAAUAAUGUAGAAGAAUUAAAAAUGGAUUUAAAUGAACAUUGUUUAUCAUAUACUUCUAGUGGAUGUUCUCGUUGUAUUGAUUCUUAUUAUUUUAAUUAUAAAACAAAACAAUGUGAAUCAUGUGAUAUUUCCUGUAAACAUUGUUCUGGACCUUUAUCUAGU